GUUGAGGCGUGAGUUUGGCCACUCCGUAGUGUGCACUUGGUGAGGGCAGCAGCUCGCCACAGCUGCCAGCCGUCUGUCCAUUCACCCAUCUGUCCAUCUGGCAGCCCGCUGUUCAGACCUGUCUGUCUGUCUGCCCAUCUGUAAGCCCAUCUCUGUCCCAUUGUCUAUCUGACCAUCUUUCUCUUACUGUCCUCCUUGUCUAGCUAUCUGGCCUGUCGAUCCAUCUUCGUGUCUGUCUUCAGCCCCCCACCUGUUUGUCCAUCUGUCCAAUUACCUGUGACUCUGUGCAUCUUCUUGUCCAUUCGUCUGCCCACCCAUCCGUCCCUCUGUCUGCCCACCAGCCGCCCCUCUCCUCCUGGGCUGCAGAGCCAUGGCCCGGGGCUAUGGGGCCACAGUCGGCCUAGUCCUGCUGGGGCUGGGGCUGGCGCUGGCUGUCAUUGUGCUGGCUGUGGUCCUUUCUCGACACCAAGCCCCCUGUGGCCCCCAGGCCUUUGCCCACGCUGCUGUUGCCGCUGACUCGAAGGUCUGCUCGGAUAUUGGACGAGCCAUCCUCCAGCAGCAGGGCUCACCCGUGGAUGCCACCAUCGCGGCUCUGGUCUGCACCAGCGUUGUCAACCCUCAGAGCAUGGGCCUGGGCGGAGGGGUCAUCUUCACCAUCUACAAUGUGACGACAGGGAAGGUGGAGGUCAUCAAUGCCCGGGAGACGGUGCCGGCCAGCCACACCCCGAGCCUGCUGGAUCAGUGUGCACAGGCUCUGCCGCUGGGCACAGGGGCCCAGUGGAUCGGGGUGCCCGGGGAGCUCCGCGGCUAUGCCGAGGCCCACCGCCGCCAUGGCCGCCUGCCCUGGGCGCAGCUGUUCCAGCCCACCAUCGCGCUGCUUCGAGGGGGGCAUGUGGUGUCCCCUGUCCUCAGCCGGUUCCUGCACAACAGCUUCCUGCGGCCUUCCUUGCAGGCAUCAACCCUGCGCCAGCUCUUCUUCAACGGGACAGAACCCCUGAGACCUCAGGACCCACUCCCAUGGCCUGCGCUGGCCACCACCCUGGAGACCGUGGCCACAGAGGGCGUGGAGGUCUUCUACACGGGGAGGCUGGGCCAGAUGCUGGUGGAGGACAUUGCCAAGGAAGGGAGCCAGCUGACGCUGCAGGACCUGGCCAAGUUCCAGCCCGAGGUGGUGGAUGCCCUGGAGGUGCCCCUGGGGGACUAUACCCUGUACUCACCACCGCCGCCUGCAGGGGGUGCCAUUCUCAGCUUUAUCCUCAACGUGCUAAGAGGGUUCAACUUCUCAGCAGAGUCUGUGGCCAGGCCUGAAGGGAGGGUGAACGUGUACCACCACCUUGUGGAGACGCUCAAGUUUGCCAGGGGGCAGAGGUGGAGGCUGAGGGACCCUCGAAGCCACCCAAAGCUCAAGAAUGCCUCCCAGGACCUGCUGGGGGAGACCCUGGCCCAGAUCAUCCGCCAACAGAUCGAUGGCCGGGGGGACCACCAGCUCAGCCACUACAGCUUGGCCGAGGCCUGGGGCCACGGGACAGGCACGUCCCAUGUGUCCGUGCUGGGGGAGGAUGGCAGCGCCGUGGCUGCCACCAGCACCAUCAACACACCCUUUGGAGCGAUGGUGUAUUCACCACGGACAGGCAUCAUCCUCAACAACGAGCUCCUGGAUUUAUGCGAGCGAUGCCCCCGGGGUUCCGGCACCACCCCCUCACCUGCCGCUGUUUGCUCAGCAGUGAGUGGAGACAGGGUGGGUGGAGCUCCCGGAAGGUGCUGGCCCCCAGUUCCAGGCGAGCGUUCCCCGUCCUCCAUGGUGCCCUCCAUCUUGAUCAACAAAGCCCAGGGGUCGACGCUAGUGAUUGGCGGGGCUGGUGGGGAGCUCAUCAUCUCUGCCGUGGCCCAGGCCAUCAUGAACAAGCUGUGGCUUGGCUUUGACCUGAGAGCGGCCAUCGCAGCCCCCAUCCUGCACGUCGACAGCAAGGGCUGUGUGGAGUACGAGCCCAGCUUCAGCCAGAAACAGGAUCUUGCUGCAUUGCCCAGGCUGGUCUCAAACUCCUGGCCUCAAGUGAUCCUCCUUCCUCAGCCUCCCAAAGUGUUGGCAUUACAGGAGGUGCAGAGGGGACUCCAAGACCGUGGCCAGAACCAGACCCAGAGGCCCUUCUUCCUGAACGUGGUCCAGGCCGUGUCCCAGGAGGGGGCCUGUGUGUACGCCGUCUCUGACCUGAGGAAGGGUGGGGAGGCUGCAGGCUACUAAGACACUGCUCUGCCCAGAGCUGAAGUCUGGCCCCACCAUGAGUCCUGUGUCCAGGCCGGACAUGGCUGGGGGACCAAGUACUCUGGCAGGAUCCGGACCCCUCUCAGGGGAGUCCAGCUGAGAGUGGAAGAGGUGGUGGGGACCAGCUGGGCAGAUGAGAGGCUGAGCCUCAUCCCUGACCCCCUUUCCCAGAGUCCCUGGUGGCCCUGAACUGGCCCCUCUAUCCCUCCGCAGGCCUCUUGCCUGGGGCCACUCUCCCAACCUCUCGACCUGUAUAUCCUCCAGUCCAAGAUUAAAGAAGAGGCGGACCGUGGCCUGA